AUGCAAUUUCUACGCGUCUUAUCAAUCUUCUCUGCGUUCUUAGCUUAUGGAUUCUGUGCACCCAUUAUCAUUACUCGGAGCGACGAACACUCAUCUUCGUCCUUCAGCGAUUCGUCUUCAGAUAGGUCUGGCACUCCUCCGCCUCCUCGUAAUCAUGGGGAAUUUGUUGGGGUCCGACCGAAGGCAUAUGAACAGAAAACCAAGGAGAACAACCUCAAAAACAUCAGUAUCCAUCCAGGCGUUGUCGUAGGCGGGCCAGACCCGGAGACAGGGAAAUACGAUGUCGCGAUGAUUUCGAAGAAACUCCCGCAUGAUCCUCCUCAAGCACCUAUAACAAACUACCACCCAGCCGAAACAGUCUAUGGAAAUGUUGCAUUGAGCCCUCCGAAGAAAAUCAAGCCCAAGCAUAUGAAAGGGUGGGUCAACCAGAAGACUGGCGUCCAGGAAAAGGAAAUGAGCGCCGAAAAUCUUGCAAAGCUUAAGAAAGACAUGGAACCUCACGCAGGCUGGAGGGCACCCACACCCCCGCCAAAGCCACCCACACCGCCUCCAAAGUCACCGACUCCACCGCAGUCACCAUCUUUUGCAAAAAAGCCAAAGCGCGCUAAGAAAGGAAAGCAGAGCAACGUGCAGGCCGAGGCAAGCCAGUCGAAGCAUGCUAUUCCAGGAUCGCCACAGGGCGGCACGAAGCAAGCCGCAUCGUCCAAACAGAAUGCGGUCAACCACGGACAUCCUGGUCGCCCCGGAAGCCCAUCUGGCGGCGCGAGGCAUGUCGGGAGUGCCAAUCAACAGCACGGAAAGGCGCCCAAGAGGUCCAGCUCGCCAUCCGGGAGCAACCAAGCUCACGUCGCGAAGAAGGUACCACGAAGAGGAAGUUCACCUGGCCCUCGUCCCAAAACUCACAACGGAGGAGCCAAGCCUGCCCAAUCCGGUGCAAAGAAAGCAGCGCCAGGCCACACCACUAAACACAAGUAA